AUGAUGAAACCGGCUGAUACUGAUAUCGAUUUUGUCUCUUCUGAUAUACCCUCGCAUAUGAUGACGAUGGCGAUGCCUACAAAAGAAGAAGAAGAACCAAUUGCUCCAGAGGAGGCAGUAAGGGCAGACAAUCCUCCUGAACCAGAAGAAUCUGUUGUACCACAUCCUGAAGAAGAAGAGUGUCCUUUUGAUUCUAAUGAACAGGAGAAAUUGCUUCAUCAAGUUGAAGUACAACCGCAACAACAACAUCAAGAAUGCGAAGAAAACGAUUUUGAUAAUGAAGCUGGGCAAUCAGAUAUUGAUGAAAUGGAAACAGAAUUUGUUAUAAAAUAUCAAAAACAUCAACAACAACAACAACAAAAGAAAUUCCAACAUCAAUGGAAGAAGUUUAUCCAUCAACCUGUUGAUUAUGAAUAUGCUGGGAAUGUUAUGUCAUCAGCUCAGACAAUGAACACUUAUUCUGUUGAUUCAAGUACUGAUAAUGACCAACGAUUACGUAAUGAUUUUCCUUCUCCUUUAUGUGAUGAGAAGAAGAAGGCCAACGAUGAACAACAACAACAACAACACACCGAUAUGUUGGUGAUGAUGGCGGCUGACGAGUCUGUUCAAAAAGUUGAUUCUACUACACAUGAUGAUUCAUCAUUAUUGAUUAAUGAUCAAGUACGGAAAUUUGAUGAGAAUCAAAUUGAUGAUACAUAUCAACUAGAGGAUAAUGCUACGGCGGCUACUACUACUACUACAGGUUUACAUAUUGAUACUGCAGAAACUGUCACUGAAUAUCAACCAAUGUGCAGUCCAGAUUCUGAAGUCUCAGACGACUCCAUUAUACGUCGUCCAGAUCAUCAUCAACAACAACAACUCGAAGAGCAACAUUAUAAUAAGGAGGAAGAAGGAGAAGUUGAACACGAUGAAUGUGACACUGACUAUCUGCAUGAUGAUGAACAAGUCCAGCAGACGUCUGUAGUGAAUUCGUUAAUGUCUACACCAAAUCGUUGUAUAUCACCAAAUCAAAAUAUUGUCAGUUCAACACAUCCAAACGAUGAUGAUGAUGAUGGCUAUGAUGGUAAUGAUCAAUAUGAUGUGACAUUAGUCGGUAAACAGUUCAACAAUGAAGCCCAACAACAAGCUUAUUCAUCAUCCAUAUCAUUGAAUAAUAAUACCAAUGUAUCAAUGAUGCCUACUACAACUAUGACUACUGAUGACGACGGUGAUGCUGAUGGUGACGGUGAUGUUAAUACGACAGUGAUUAAUUGUAUGCCUUCAGAAGGAGAUUUCAAUGGAAUUGCUACUACAGCCUUUGAAAGUCAGCUACACACUGAUCUUUCUACUGCUUCUACUUCUACUCCUCUCCAUCAUCAUCCCCAUCUCCAUCAGGAACAGCAUUCUGAUGAUGUUGAUGAGUUGAAAGAAUUGAAUUAUUCAAUGAAUAUUACUUCCACUACUACUAUUAAUAAUAAUAAUUAUCCGUAUACAAAUGGAUUUAAUCUCAACGGUGGUGGUAACGCGAAUGGAUAUUCAAAUUUUGAACAAAUUUCAACAAAUAACAAUAAUAGUCAAGAUGAAAAUCACCAUUACAACUACUUAUAUAACAAUAAUAAUAGUAGUAUGAACCAAUCAGAACAACCAAAUCAACUAUUAGAGACAAUGAUCGAUGAUGAUGAUGAUCACAUUACUACAAGUGAAUUAUUGAAAUCUGCUCAUCUGUCAUCACAUUCACCGUACACUUCUCGUCAAAUGUUGAAUAAUUGUGAUGACAAUGAUUUCUCUGGGAAUAACAAUCCAAUGGCGACAACACCGAAAACACCGCCUCCAAUUCGACAACUUGAAUAUAAUAAUAAUAAUAAUAAGGAUUACCAUGGAGAUAUUAUAGAUCAUCUGAUGCAAGAUCCACACUAUGCGAAUACAGCAACGCCAACAACAACACCAACUACAGAUGAAUCAAUAUUUGAUCCAAUAAAACAAUGGGGUCAACCACUUGGUCUUCCAGCACCAGUACCACCGAGUACUACAACAAAUCAUCAUAUGAAGGUAUCUCAUGCUCCAAAUGUGUCUGCUAAACGUAUACGAUCAGCUGAUACUGGUGGGAAGACAACAUCAGCAACCGGUGAUUCAAGUAAAUGAACUAACUCUACCUCCUGGACCGCCAGUUUAUCUUGAUGUUAUCUGGGUGCCUAAUUAUCUUAUCCGUGUGCCUCAAUCAAUGAUUGUCGAUUUCUUUACACGUGUACGUUCAAAAAUGUACAUUCUGUCAGGUGAAGCACUUCAUCCUAAUAUAGCUGAAGCAUUGAUUACAGCUAAAGCUAAAUGGAAUCCUGAUGAUGUUGCUUAUCUGUGUCGUUGUGAUGCCAAUUCAUCUGAUGCUGUCAUCACAAUUCUGCCAACUUAUGAACCAAAAGAAUGGAUACGUUGGUUGGAAACACCUUGUGGUCGAUUAGAUGAACAAAAAGGCUCAGAUCGACUGGCAGCCAAUCAUUUUCGACUGUUACCUGCUGUGAAUCUAUGCAGUACACAAUUUAAUGCUGGUGAUAUGAUAUUUGAAUGUGAAGGAUUGCGUGUGGAAUUCUAAACAUUUCGCUAUUUAUAUAUCUAUAUCUAUAUAUCUAUGCAAUAUGUUGUUUGUAUGUAUGUGUAAACCAUCCACGUGCAUUCAUGUGGUUUCUUUUUGGUUGAUG